UACUCAUUUUUUCAAACUUUUGAUUUCCAACUCUCUCUCUCUCUCUUUCUCUCUCUGUGUAUUGCAAUGUCUGCGUUGGAAUACUUAUCUCCAUUAACACACACCCAACUUUACUUGAAUUCUGACUCCAAUUUCCAUCGCUGGCGGAGGCACACGGCGACAUCGUUUCGGCACGUGGUGACGUCGACACGUUUCGCUCCCAAUUCGGGACAGCCUAGGGUUCCGACUAGGCACGCUAAUUUCUCGACCGAUUCGUUGAGGUUCCAUGUUUGGGGAGAUUUCAAGAGGGGAUACGAUAGGAUUAGGGCUAGCAGUGGCCAAGAGAGCGAUUCCGCCGCGAGUUCCGGCGAGGAGAAGAGUGGCGACGGCGACAAGGGAUCGAAGACGGCGGCGGGGUCCAGCUCGAACAGGAGGAAGGAAAAGCAGCAGGGAAAGGGAGGGUGGUGGUGGUGGUGGUUGGGGUCCAAAGGCGCCAGCGGUGGCAGCGGAGGGAAGUGGCGGUGGCAACCGAUAGUUCAGGCUCAGGAGAUUGGGGUUCUGCUUCUUCAGUUGGGGAUUGUGGUGUUUGUUAUGAGGUUGCUUAGGCCAGGGAUUCCAUUACCUGGGUCCGAACCUAGGGCUGCAACCUCGUUCGUGAGUGUUCCGUAUAGUGAGUUCUUGAGCAAAAUCAACAGUGACCAGGUUCAGAAGGUGGAGGUUGAUGGGGUGCACAUCAUGUUCAAAUUGAAGCCUGAGGUUGGAACUACUGGGAGUGAUGGUAGUAGUGAAGUUGCUUCUUCUGGUGGAGGCAGUAAGUUAUUGGAGAAUCAGGUGGAGUUUGGGUCGCCGGAUAAGCGGUCCGGAGGGUUCUUUAACUCGGCAUUGAUAGCAAUGUUCUAUGUUGCUGUGCUAGCAGGGCUUCUCCACCGAUUCCCUGUAAGCUUUUCUCAGCACACAGCUGGACAGAUUAGAAACCGCAAAUCAGGAACUUCUACUGGUACAAAGUCAUCUGAACAAGGUGAAUCUAUCACUUUUGCUGAUGUCGCCGGUGUUGAUGAGGCUAAGGAGGAGUUAGAAGAGAUUGUGGAAUUUCUUCGAAAUCCCGAUAGAUAUAUACGGCUUGGAGCUCGUCCCCCGCGGGGUGUACUUUUGGUGGGUCUUCCUGGGACAGGUAAGACUCUACUAGCAAAAGCAGUGGCUGGGGAGGCUGAUGUGCCAUUUAUAAGUUGUUCCGCUAGUGAGUUUGUAGAGUUGUAUGUUGGCAUGGGUGCCUCCCGUGUGAGAGAUCUCUUUGCAAGGGCAAAGAAGGAAGCUCCAUCCAUAAUAUUUAUUGAUGAGAUAGAUGCUGUGGCCAAAAGUCGGGAUGGUAAAUUUCGCAUUGUCAGCAAUGAUGAACGAGAGCAAACAUUGAAUCAGUUGCUCACUGAAAUGGACGGGUUUGACAGCAACUCUGCAGUGAUUGUUCUUGGAGCUACCAAUCGCUCAGAUGUUUUGGACCCUGCACUCCGGCGACCAGGAAGAUUUGACCGUGUAGUUAUGGUGGAAACACCGGACAGGAUCGGUAGGGAAGCUAUUCUAAAAGUACAUGCUUCCAAGAAAGAACUUCCUUUGGCCAAGGAUGUUGACCUUGGCGACAUUGCUUCUAUGACCACUGGUUUCACGGGAGCGGACCUUGCAAACCUAGUAAACGAGGCUGCUUUACUGGCGGGAAGGCAGAAUAAAGUUGUUGUGGAGAAGAUUGAUUUCAUCCAUGCUGUGGAAAGAUCAAUAGCUGGCAUAGAGAAGAAGACUGCUAAAUUACAAGGAAGUGAGAAGGCUGUAGUUGCACGACAUGAAGCUGGUCAUGCUGUAGUAGGCACUGCAGUUGCAAAUCUUCUUCCUGGUCAGCCACGUGUUGAGAAACUGAGUAUAUUGCCAAGGUCCGGAGGGGCUUUAGGCUUUACUUAUACUCCCCCAACAAAUGAGGACAGAUACUUGCUUUUCAUUGAUGAGUUGCGUGGUCGCUUGGUGACUCUUCUUGGAGGGCGUGCAGCAGAAGAAGUGGUUUAUUCUGGUCGGGUAUCAACAGGCGCACUUGAUGACAUACGACGAGCGACUGACAUGGCAUACAAAGCUAUAGCUGAAUAUGGCCUAAGUCAGAGUAUAGGCCCCGUGUCAAUUGCCACCCUUUCUAAUGGCGGACUGGACGAGUCUGGUGCAGUUCCUUGGGGAAGGGAUCAGGGACAUCUUGUUGACCUUGUCCAAAGAGAGGUGAAAGCAUUAUUGCAGUCUGCUCUGGAUGUAUCACUUUCCAUUGUGCGAGCUAAUCCUACUGUCUUGGAGGGUCUUGGUGCUCAUUUGGAAGAAAAAGAGAAAGUAGAGGGUGAAGAGCUACAAAAGUGGUUAAGACUGGUAGUUGCACCAACGGAGCUUUCAGUCUUUAUCAGUGGCAAGCAAGAAUCUAUUCUCCCGUUACAGUCAUUGCAGACAGGUUCCUGAACAAUUAAGAGCUGUCUCUAUUAUGCUGCCAGUGUGAAGUGGAACUUGAGGUAUGAUUUUUGAUGGUCAUUCCGCUGAAACCAGUGAAGUUAUAUCUCUGUAGCAUGAGCUCACCCUUACAACAUUUGUAUAUUCCUGUAAGGUGAAUUUUGGCUUCAUUUUUAACCCCAUAGCCAGCUUGUUAUUUAACUUCACUCAACCAAAGCCACAGGGAAAAAGAAACAUGAAUCAAAUACAUACAUUAGUGCCUUUCUUAUAAAGGGCUUCCUAAAUCAUAACUGGUCCCGCUUUCACUUCAUGCAUCCUGCUAUUUGAAUUUCUUGUAUAUUGACUAUUAAUUUCAGUCAUGAUGUGACUGUCUACAAAUGUAAUUUUAUAUAUAGUUGUAUACAUUAUAAUUAUAAUUAUGUGAAAUACAUAGGAUUCCCCCCACCCUCCACAAAACCAUGAAAACAAUCCUUUAUACCACAUGGAAUGUACCAUGUGGGGAAUAAAGAUGUAUUUAUUUAGAUGGAUAUUUUUUUCCUAUUGAAAUGUUGAAAAAUGUGGGAGGUGGAUCGUUUUGCGGCCUUUUAUUGUCUA